AUGUGACUGUUCAACUUACAUAAUGCACGUAGGGGUCAGACACCCCACAGAAAAAAACGCUUUUAGCUAGUUAGCACCUCAUUCUAGCUGGGACUUUCCUCCUGUUAGCCGAUUAAGCUAGCUCUCAUACAAAGUUAGAAGUGACCGGUGAAUUCUCCAGUUGGAGGACUGCAUUUGUCCUGCUAAUUCAUAUGUAGCAUUCUCUUCACUCUGGAUAAAUCUCACAAUUACAACCUGGGAGUUCUGAACGGAGGCUGGCAUGUUGAAUGCAUUACGCAGAGGACGUAGUUUAGUGGGCGGAUCUGAGGCAGCCAGUGGCAGUCUAGGAUAUCUCCGUCCGCGGCGUUAGCCAGACAGGCUAGCAAUGACGGAUAGGAUUACUACUGCCGGGGUCUGGGUUGUGAUCCGCCAGAAAUGAUUUUAUGGAGCCCACCUUACAAGGCCUGAGCUGAUUUGUCAGCCUUGUGCAGGUUUGAUUUUUUGCCCCCCGAGUGUCCUCUGGAUAUCAGCUGACCAUGGUGGUCUGAAGAGAGGGAAUCCCGGCACAGUGUGUGUUCACUCUAACACAGCAAGAAGGCUCGACGGAGAGAGGAGCAGAGACGGACCGCAGCGAAGAGAAAUAGCUUAUUUAAACACAAAAUGUCGCAAAACGGAGAACUGGUGGCUUCUUACAUUAACUAUAAACUCUCCCAGAGAAACUAUCCUCUCAAUCACAUGGAGCUCUUGGAGCAUCCGAACAGGACUGAUGGGGAGGAGGCAGGGUUGGGUGAGGAGCAGAGGGUAGCGACGCACGCCAACGGGACUGUAAACGGCACAAGUCCCGGGACCCCGCCGGCAUCCCCGCUGAGGCAGCAACGGUUGCCCUCAACAACGGACCUGGACGCAGUGAAAGAGGCCCUCCGGGACUCGGCCAACGAGUUCGAGCUGCGGUACGCCCUCGCCUUCAGUGAUCUGCACAACCAGCUGCACAUCACGCCAGCCACAGCUUACCAAAGCUUCGAGAAUGUGAUGGACGAGGUGUUCCGGGACGGGGUCAACUGGGGACGCAUCGUAGGGCUUUUUGCUUUUGGCGGGGCGCUGUGCGUGGAGUGCGUGGAGAAGGAGAUGAGUCCGCUGGUGGGCAGGAUCAUCGAGUGGAUGACCGUCUACCUGGACAACCACAUCCAGCCCUGGAUCCAGAGCCAAGGAGGAUGGGUGAGUCUCACACACACUCUCAAAGAAAAGUGUGUUUAGGUGCUGUGUGCUUGUAAUGAAUAGCACCUAUUAUACUCUUCAACAUUACAGCGUACAUUGUAUGGAUAUGCUGACGUGGCCUGUAUGGAAAUUGUACAUG